UUCGGCGAGCCGCCAUGUUAAAUGAGAGACGGUAUCCUAUUGGUUAAGACGCAUGGCAACCCAAUGGGCGGGAAUUCUUAGUGUGUUGAUUGGCUCUCCUGUUUGACAGCAGGUUUAUAUAAGAGCUGUCAAACGCAGGGUGCCAGCCAUUAUUGUUUUGAAGUUGGCUUUCAUUAAAGGUUGCUUGUUUACUACGCUCGUAGUCGCCUCAGUAAUUCCUCGAACCCAAUACACAAUACUGGCGACGAAGGUGGGAUUCUGAGGUGAUUAGCGUUCGGACCGUCCAGAAUUUCCCUCUUCCGAUUCGAACCGGCCGUUCGAUGGCUCCGCCUGUGUUUGCCCCGUUCCUUGUCAGCGCGGAGACGUGGGAAGCAUACGAAGAUCGUUUUGAAUGCUACUUGGAAGCCCACGAUUACACCGGUCUGUCCAGCAACCGUAAGCGGGCGCAUUUCUUAAACGCGUGCGGUCCUGAAGUGUUUGCCACUGCCCGGGCUCUGGUGGCCCCUCUGUCCAUUCAUGAUGUUCCAUGGGAUACCUUGAGGGAGAAGUUAAAGGCACAUUACGCGCCAACCCCGUCCCGAAUUGCUCGACGGUUUAAAUUCCGGCAUCGCUUACAAGAAGAAGGGGAGCCCCUGAAUCUAUAUAUAGCCUCCCUCCGAACCGCUGCCCUGGAAUGCGAAUUCCAGGACCUAGAUGACGCCCUGUUGGAGCAGUUAGUCUGUGGCGUGAGGGAUCUUCGACUGCAGCGGCGUCUGUUAGCGAUGAAAGAUUUAACUCUCCCGAUGGCAUUAGACGAAGCACGAGCUGCCGAGAUGUCGGAAAGGUCUACCGCUGACAUCCGGCGCUUCCAAAAUUCUACCAGUCAGUCCACGGGGGUGCAUCACGAAGACGACGAUCCUGCUGACACCUCGGAUGAGGAGACAGAAGUGGACCGCCUGAAGACCUCACCGCCCGGAAAGAAAAGGCUGCAAAAGAAGAAAGUAGCUGCCUGCCUCAGCUGUGGGGAGUUUCAUCCUCGUGCAUCCUGCCGUUUCCGUUCCGCUAUUUGCCGCCGCUGUGGCAAGUCGGGGCAUAUUGCCAAAGUUUGCCAUUCUGCUGGGCAGCCGCCAGAUGAGUUAAAGUAUCGCGCCCCAGGGAAGCCCCCUAUGGGGUCCGCCUCGAAGACGGCCGGACGUGGCGGCGCCACGUGGGCCAACCACGAGGACGACCGGUAG